AUGUCUUCUGCGAGUCUUAGUGUGGCCAUCGCGAACGCGACAGAACUCGUUACAGUGGAAGCUACUGCUCUUCGUCGCACUUCUUCCUCUAUUCCAACCUCUAUCACCCUUUUGUCUCGUCCAACUGCCAGUACCUGGGCCAACACAACCCUCUUCCUCGCCUCAGACAAUGCAAUCCACCAGUACAAUCCAGCCAACAACACACUCACUGCCUUAAUCGAACAUAAUGGCACAAAUAUUUCCCAUCUCCUAUGGAAAUCGCCUUCCACCUUCGUCUUCGCCGCUGGGGAGAGCAUUCAUGUCUUGGAGUCCAAGCAAUUGACGCUCAAGUUGGACAAUAAAGCGGAAGUGAGAUCAUUGGCACUUUCCGGUGGCAAUGAACUGGCCGCAUGUAGCGCAUCUGCUGUACAUUUACACGACCUAGCGUCGGGUAAAAUGACUACUCUUCGCGGUCUUGUCCUCGACAACCAGAUGAUCACGUUCUGCACCUUUCACCCGCACACUCCAGCGAAACUGCUCCUUGGUAUCGGGAGGAAACUCGUCGUAUAUGACACAAUUCGAGCUUCUGGGCCUUCCAAAACCAUACCGAUUAAUGAUUCCCCCACAACCGAAAUAAUCGCCAUCUCUUGCAGUCCCUUCUCAAAGACAUUGGUCGCGGUUGCUACCAAUGGCGGUAGCGUAGGCUUGGUGGAUCUGGACAAAGAAAAGGGUCUUUUCCGCACUCUCAAUCUUAAGGUCUCUAUCACCUGCAUGGCUUUCUCGCCAGACGGAGCGUCUCUGUAUAUCGGGACAGAAUCUGGAAAAUUAUUGCUGGUAGAUUUACGGGCUUUGGACAAGCCACCAAAAUCUGUCAGCAUUGGAAGUGGGGCUCGAAUCGAGACUUUGGCCGUUCAGAAGAAGGCAGAAACCAAAUCGCAAGCAGCAGCCCCUACUCGCGGCACACCGGCCAAUACCGUAUCUUCGCUCCGCGGCUCAGCUAGUCGUGGUUCUGUGGUUUCUCCGCCUCGUAAACCGGCUGCUUCUUCUCCCCGAGUGCCGGUAAAGAAAAGCGUCACUGUUGAAUCUCCCAAAGUCUCAUCACGGGCUCCAAUUCUGAAGAGUAGCGUAACCACAGCCUCCGCACGCUUAUCUGGUCGGAAAGCAUCAACCGCCAGCUCUGUCUCUGUAGGCAAUCGUCGACCAAGUUCCUCUGCAUCUACAUCGUCGUCUGUUCCAACUGUUCAAACAGCUGGUGCUAGAGCAAAGACAAUGUUGGCCGCCAGCAGGACCCCUACACCUGAACUACCCAGUCUCCAUGCCCCCGUUACCCCAAUGGGGAACGCGAAGAAAGGUUGGGCACCUGAAUCGCCAGAACGCGGUGAAGAGAGCAGCAAGGCGAAGGGUAAAAGUGUCAACUUCCAGAUUCGGUCGGAGACAGGGAAAGAGAAUGAGCGCGAGCUCUCGAUGCAAAUAUCUCCACGACGGCCAUCGUCAGUCAGCAAUUGGGCUCCAUCACCCCUGCGAAAUAUUGUUCCUUCCUCACCAAAUGGGGGUGGCUCGACAGCUCAAGAACUAUUGAAGGGCAUAGUUCGUGAUGCUAUGCAUGACUUCCAGCAAGAGCAGCGGGCGGAGAUGGUUGGCAUGCAUUUAGAUGUGCUCAAACUGGGACGGGAAUUAAGGACUAGAUUUGAUGACUAUCUGGGGGAGCUUCAUAUGCUUCGAGAGGAGAACCAGAGACUGCGGGAAGAAAACGAGCUUCUAAGACGAGGGUAUUGA